GGAGAGAGAGAGAGAGAGAGAAUAGGGAGCGAGCGAGUGAGAAAGAGAGCGCGAGAGAGAGAGGAAGAGAGGCAUGCAGCUGGAGCCUCACACACAACUGUAGCCAGUCUUGGAAUCUGAGCGCUGCCAAGAGGCAAAAAACAGGAGCCAGUGUCGCACUUCAAUGAGAAUGACAUGCCCUCAAAAGAGCAAGGGAAGCUACGACUAAGGGAAUCAACGGAACAUCAAAGUGAGCGUCUACAAUGCCAGAGUUGCUGAUUCAAGCGUUUAGGUCGUUCGCCUUCGUCCAACGCUGCCUUCCUUGUUAGAUUAUUCAUCUGGAGUUGUGCCUGUUCCGAGGAUCAAUUGGAUACUGAUGAUGAUGAUGUUGAUGAUGAUUCGCUUCCUCUGGCUGUUCCCGCUGCUCGGCCUCCCCCCUUCGGGCUCGCCCGUCAUGCUGGUGGUGCGGAGCCGGGGUGGUGCCCUCCACCCCCUCAGCCAAACGCUGCAGCCCGAGGGUAGAGUGGUGCUGCACAGAUCCAAGCGAGACUGGAUGUGGAGGCAGUUCUUCCUGUCGGAGGAGUACAUGGGGAACAACUACCAGUACGUCGGCAAGCUUCGCUCAGAUAAGGACAGAGGGGACGGGACGGCGAGGUACGUCCUCUCUGGAGAAGGAGCCGGCACCAUUUUCCGAAUUGAUGAGAAGUCUGGUGAUCUCCACGCCACUCAGAGGCUGGACCGGGAAGAGAAAGCGUCGUACACGCUGCAAGCUCAGGCGUUCAACAAAAACACCGGCCUCCCUCUGGAACCUGCCACAGAGUUCAUCGUCAAGAUCCACGACAUCAACGACAACGAGCCCAAAUUUACCAAGGACGUCUACGCGGCCAGCGUACCUGAGAUGUCUGACGUGGGUACCUUUGUGAUAGAAGUCAAUGCCACUGAUGCAGAUGACGCCUCAUAUGGUAACAGUGCUAGGCUGGUGUACAGCAUCCUCCAAGGUCAGCCAUACUUCUCUGUGGAGCCUGAGACAGGAAUUGUCAGAAUAGCUCUGUCCAACAUGGAUCGCGAGGUGCGGAAGGAGUACCAGGUGGUUAUCCAGGCCAAGGACAUGGCAGGACAGAUGGGUGGUCUCUCCGGUACCACCAUGGUCAAUGUCACCCUGACAGAUGUUAACGACAGCCCCCCUCGCUUCGCCUACAGCUCCUACCAUCUGAGUGCUUAUGAGUCGGCGGAGAUCGGCUUCACCGUGGGCCGAAUCAAAGCCAACGACGGUGACGAGGGAGAGAACGCUGAGAUGAAGUACAGGAUCGUGGAUGGAGAUGGGAAAGACUCACUGGAUAUCAUCACAGAUGAAAUAACGCAAGAGGGAGUCAUUGUGGUCAGAAAGCAACUGGACUAUGAGAGCAGGAGGGUGUACACCAUCAAAGUCGAAGUGAGCAACACCAACACAGACCCCAACUUCCUGCACCUGGGCCCGUUCUCAGACACCGCCACAGUUAAAGUCACGGCUAAAGACGUGGACGAGCCGCCGGUCUUCAGCAGGCCUCAGUUUGUUAUUGAGGUUAAUGAGGACACUCCGAAGGGCAGCAUUAUUGGAACGGUCACGGCCUGGGAUCCUGAUUCUACAGACUACCCAGUCCAGUUCGCAAUAGACCAGCAUACAGAUCCCGACAGACUCUUCCACAUCGACCCCAGAAACGGAUCCAUCACGACCUUGAAAUCUCUGGACAGGGAGGUGUCAAAGUGGCACAACAUCUCCGUGCUCGCCAGCGAAAUAAAUAACCCUCGUCAGAGGAGCCGUGUCCCUGUCCUGAUCAAAGUCCUGGAUGUGAAUGACAACGCGCCUGAGUUCGCCAUGUCUUAUGACACCUUCGUGUGCGAGAAUGUGAAAUCUGGGCAGAUAAUCCAAACCAUCAGCGCCAUAGACACGGACGAGCCUCUCAUCGGUCACAAAUUUGUAUUCAGCUUGAGCGCCACCAAUCCAAACUUCACCAUCUUUGACAAUGAAGAUAACACCGCUCGAAUUCUGACCAGGAGGAGCGGCUUUAACCGGCAGGAUGUCAGCGCCUACUAUCUGCCCGUGGUCAUCUCGGACAACGACUACCCCAUCCAAAGCAGCACCAGCACGCUGACCAUCCGUGUGUGUGGCUGUGACAGCUCGGGAAGCAUGCGUUCCUGCAGCGUGGAUGCGCUGCUGCUCUCCGCCGGACUCAGCACCGGAGCCCUGGUCGCAAUCCUGCUCUGCAUCGUCAUCCUGCUCAUGAUUGUGGUGCUGUUCUCGGCUCUGCGCAAACAGCGAAGGAAGGAACCCCUGAUCAUCUCCAAGGAGGACGUGAGGGACAACGUGGUCAGCUACAACGACGAAGGCGGCGGCGAGGAGGACACACAGGCUUUUGACAUCGGCACACUGCGCCACCCGGAGGUCAUGGAGAGCAACAAAAUGAGGCGUGACAUCAUCCCCGAGAUGCUUUUCCCCUACCACCGGCCUUCGCCCAUGAACGAAUGCUCAGACGUCCGAGACUUCAUCAGCAGCCGCCUGCAGGAGAACGACACUGACCCUUCAGCACCCCCUUACGACUCCCUGGCAACUUAUGCUUACGAGGGAAACGGUUCAACUGCCGAGUCGCUAAGCUCCCUGGAGUCCUCGUUAACGGAGGGGGACCAUGAAUACGAUUACCUCAGCACCUGGGGGCCUCAGUUCAAAAAGCUGGCUGACAUGUACAUUGGAAAGGAUACCGGUACUUCAGGACUGGCUAAGAAGGUCUAGACGCUACAAAGCCAAGGUGCUAGACGCUACAAGGCCUGGCGUUGCGUAAACGUGGCUCUACCUAGGUCCAUUCACGGGAUGGAUCUACAGAUUUACAGAUCACUUCAGACGAAGGUCUUUCCUGGCUUGUUUUCUACUGACCCUCGCUGACUUUCACUUUUGUUAUAUGACGGAUUCUUUGUCAACAAUGUUGUGGCGAUUUUGUGCUGAUGAGAGGAGUGAUAGUGAUGGUCCUUGUCUAUGCUAUUUGUUCACUAGCCGGAAGAAAAAAAAAUCAUCACUUGAAGCAAAAUGAACUGUUGAUUUUGCCUAAAAAAAACAAAACACAAACACGACAAUGAGUUUGACCAAUCCAGCUUCAUUUGCUUGUGUGAAAGGUUUCGUUCACUUGAUUUGCCAAACUGUGGAUUACAUUGAAAUCAACUUCUAGACGUUAUCAUAGAAAUGCUGCAAAAACACUGGCUUGUUUCUGAAUGUUGUUGAAGUGUUUUCUAUCCAUAUUUUAUAUUAAUAUAUUUUAAUAAAAAAUACAAACUCA